AUGAACUAAUUGAUUUAAUAAGAGGAGAUUCAGUAAGAGUAAAUAGACAAUAAUCAAAAUACAGAAUAGUUAUAAUAAUAAAAUGAAGAUGAAGAAUAAAAAUAAACACAAAAUGAAAAUGUUUAGUAAAAUGAAAACGAAGGUUUAGAUUAAGUUGAAGAUCAUUAAGAUCCAUAGAGAAUAGAAGAACAUGAAGAACAACACAAUUAAAAAAAGGAAGGAAAUGAUGAAACUAAAAGGAUAGCAACCUAAGGAGAGAUGGAAACUACUACAUAGAGAAAAGAUUAGAAUAGACGAUUAGAAACUGAAAAGUAAUAACGAGUUAAAACAACUACUGAAAGGACAUUUAAAACACUUGAAUAGAUUUAUAAUAAAAGAAAUUCAAGCUCAUUUCUACAUCUAAGAACAGCAGAAUAAUUUGAUACCAGAAUAAUUCAUGAUUAAAUAAACAGAUCUCAUGCAAAAUAGCAAUACACCUUUUCUAAAGCUCAAAGGUUUUCCAAGCCCAAAGAGAGUUAUUGUUCAAUGUAGUUCUAUGAUUCAUAAAUUUAAACACAAUUAAGUAAGAGAUCAGCAGCCCUAGGAUUUGGGAUUAAAUCUGAUUUCACAAAACGGGACAAAUAUAUUCCUGGCCCUACAGAUUACAAUGUCAAAUUAUAACCAAAGCCAGGAGUCAAAUUUGCCUAUGGAAGAGAUGAAACCCUAUCCAAAGGUCUUCAUGGCAGACCUAAUACUAAUCCUGCUCCCAAUUUAUAUUAAGUCAAAGACAUCGUCACUACUUAUAAAUAUUCCAUGGGAGAAAGGACAUCAGCCAAACACAUUUACCUUGAAUCCACAACUCCUGCCCCAGGUCGAUAUAAUGUAGGUGGUUUCAGUUAAAAAGGAAAUUACUUUGUUGGGAAAUAUAAAAGUAGUGGAGCUCCUGUUAUUUCUCCGUCUACUGCUUAAUCUCAAAGAGUUAAAAAGAUUCCUGGCCCUGGAACUUAUGAUCCCCCUGGAGACAUAGGAGAUCCAAGAAACUAUUUGCCUUCAUAAUAUUCUACUAGAAGUGGAUUUCGAUUUGGCUAUUAAGAAAGAUAGACCUAGGAGAUUAAAAAUAAAUAAUUCCCUGGUCCUGGCACAUAUUAAAUUCCAUCUGAAUUUGGUGAUUUUGAAUUCCCACCAGCAUUUUGA